AUGUACUUCUUACAUUUGUUGACCUCUCUAGCACUGGCACAGCUGGCCACUUCCCAGGAGACCGUUCUAGGAGUGUACAUCUUCUCUCGCCAUGGGGAUCGCACGGCCAAGUCAACUCCUCCAGCGAACCUGACCGAUCUCGGGUACCAGGAGAUUUUCACGUCGGGCACAUACUUCCGCAAUCGCUACGUGGCCACCGGUGCAGACAGACGAAUCUUUGGUGUUAACAGCGACCUGGUCAAACAGUCACAGAUCAUGGCUUCUGCUCCAUCAGACACGGUUCUCCAGAAUUCAGCGCUAGGUUUCCUCCAAGGUCUGUAUCCUCCCGUGGGCGAAGAACUCGGGUCAAAUGUCCUCCGAAAUGGAACCCGUGUCCAAUCACCACUCAAUGGCUACCAGCUGAUCCCUCUUCAAUCCGUCCAAACUGGAUCCAACAGUGAAGACUCUGCUUGGUUGCAAGGAAGUACGAACUGUGCCAACGCCAUGAUCAGCUCCAACAACUAUUUCACCUCGGCCGAAUUUCUCGAAACUUUCAAUCGAACUCAGUCACUGUAUCAGAAGAUAUACCCUGACGUUGCGAGGACAUUCACCGAGGAGCAGACCAGCUUCAAGAACGCCUACGUGGUCUGGGAUCUUCUGAAUGUCGCAUCUAUCCACAAUGCUUCUGUACCACUGCCAGACGACGCCGACUUCUUUCAGCUCAAGACCCUCGCUGAUCAGCACGAAUUCGGGUUGGCUUACAACGCAUCCGAGCCCAUUCGGGCAGUGACUGGUUCCAUCCUGGCGGCCGAAGUGGUCUCUGCGUUGAAUUCGACAAUCGCGGGACAUGGAAAAACCAAAGUCAACAUACAGUUUGGAGCUUAUGCUGGUAUGCUCUCAUUCUUCGGCCUCAGCAAUUUGACCUCCGUCAACCCAGAUUUCUUUGGUGUUCCCGAUUAUGCCAGCAGUUUGACCUGGGAGCUCGUCACAAAUGCCACCGUCACUUCAAGCAGCUGGCCGUCGGUUGAAGAUAUAUCUGUGCGGUUUUGGUUUCACAACGGCACCACGUCGAACACUUCGGAGCCAGUGGAAUAUCCUCUGUUCGGGAGCAACAGAUCCCCUCUCCCUUGGAAUGAGUUUGUCGAUGGCAUGAACAAAUUUGCCAUCUCUGGACAGGCGGCAUGGUGUCAAGCUUGCGGAAACAGCACUGGGGUUUGUUCCGCCGCUGCCUUGGACGCCGAUGGCGACGACUCUACAUCCAGUGGAGAAUCAACCCGCAAUGACAACGGCAAUGGCAACGGCAUCUCAAAGGCAGUGUGCGGUGUGAUUGGCGCAAUGGUCACUCUUGGAGUCAUCCUCGGCGCCGAGCUUCUGGUUAUGGUAGUUGGGGGGUUUCGGUUGGUUAACAAGAAGAGACUGCAGCAUCCUACGACGAAUGGCGUCGCAGAGGGAAGCUUUGGAAAGCCUGAAGCGUGA